UUUAUCAGAGACCAGAGUUCAUUGUUCUCAUCAAAGUUCAACUCAUCAAUACUAUUUAAUUAGAUUAGAUUAGAAAAGCCAUUAGAUUUGAUUAUUGGAAUUUAGAAGUUAACUAAUGGAUAAUACAAUUUCAAUAUAAUACGGCGUUAUCCCGGCCCACAACACCCAAAAUGAUUACGCAAUCAUGACUGGAGAAUUGUACUAUGACAACAUUUUAACAAUAUUUGCAAUUUUCCAAAGUUGAUAUCAUGGAACUUAAAGUUUGGGUUGAAGGAAUUCAACGGGUUGUGUGUGGUGUUACUGAAUCAACAACUUGUCAAGAUGUUGUGUAUGCAUUAGCUCAUGCUACCGGAAAGACUGGCCGAUUUACUCUGAUUGAACGAUGGCGUAAUAAUGAACGUCUACUUGCACCUCAAGACCAUCCAGUAACUGUGCUUAUGAAAUGGGGAGAAUAUGCCAAUGAUGUGCAGUUUAUAUUACAACGUUCGGGCAAUGUCUCUUCAAAUAGUACAACCAACAAUCCAAAAUAUAAUGAGGCUGAUAGUGUUCCUUACUUUGCUCAGGAAAGGAAUAAAGAUACUCGGAAAUCAUUAAUAUUUAAUAGUAAUCGCGUACCCGAUAAUGUAGGUGUAGUACGUGGAAUUCCUCAACAGAGACCCAAUGUUCUUCCUACCAUACCUGGAAGUGGUGCAGCACCGUUAACAGUAGUUUCAUCAACUCCGUCUGGUGUUCCUUUAUCAACUUCACCAACAAAUACUUCUAGUCAUUUAAACAAAGAUCAGAACUCAACAUCAACAAAUGGACCAUUGCAAAACUCUACAAGUCCAAACAAAAAGCCUGAUAACCUUAGUUAUCGGCCUCCUGUUACUAGGGCACUACCACCAUAUCGAGAACCUCCUCCACCUUCUGUCAGCCCAGCAAGAAUAUCUCCCACAACUGUGGGUAGUGAUCGUUUAAAACAGACAAUUUUCAAGGAAUAUCAGAAUGAAAAUAAUAGCAAUAGCACUAAUGUCAUGUAUAACCCUCAGUAUAAAGAUCUCGUAAGGCUUAUAAAUUAUCAGAGAGAUAAGUUAUCCAUGCAACAGGCAGAACUAACAAAGUAUGACGCAGAAAUAAUGUAUUGGGAAGGUAAAACUAGAGAGCAACAACAUCAAAUGGAUUUUAUGACUCAGGAAGCGGCUAGAAUUGAAGCCACUGGUAGACAUACAGAAGAACAGUUGAGACUUUUAGGCCAAGUAGAAGAAGAAAAUGAUAUUGCACGUCAGCAAGAAAAAACAUUAAAAUCAGAAAUGACAUUAUUACGAUCUAAAUUGGCUAACUGUGAAACUGAGUUACUUGUGUGCAAGAACAAAAUACGUCUUUUAAUGGAAGAAGUGGAACUGGAACAAAAAAUGUUAUCAAGAGAUCUAGAAGAGAAACGUAGAGCAGAAAGGGGUAUUUUGAAAGAAGUUGACCGGUUACAAAGUGAAGUAGAAAGAGCCAAGCAAGAAACCGAAAUGGCAGCACAAGUUGGAGAUAGUCUACGAAAAGAGGUUGCUAUAUUAGAAACAACUAUAACUGAAAAAAAAAGGCAAGUCGAUAAACUGGUAGCUGACAUGAAAGAAGCAAAUUUACAAUCUUUAGCUAUUUCACCACCAGAUGAAUUGAAAUUUAUUCUUGAAGGAGCUCAAAGGCCUGGAAGUACUCGUAAAAUGAUUGGAUCACCUAGACAACUUGAAAAUGCUGCUCCUACUAGUAAGAACCCUCAUGGUGUUUGGGUAUAACUCUUUUGUUACCUAAUCAAAAUUGUUCGCUCUAUAAUCUAUUUAAAUUAUUGUUUUAAGUAAUUGUGUGCAUUAAGAGAAAUGUUUAAAUUGUAAAUUAUGUAUUUGAAUAACCAAUAAGGUUUAUGAAUAGUAAUAAUUGCACAUCACACAAUUUUUGUUUUCUUUUUUCUUUUACCAAACCAAAAAUGUAAUACUAAAAGUGUAAGUUAAUUUCUAGACCUGUACUGAUAAUACUGUUUUCCGAUAUCUGAUAUCGCGAUUUAUAACCGAUCCGAUAUUCUAUUUAAUUAGAUUCAUGAACUGAUAUAAAUCAUGUGACACAUAAAAACAUCUAAGAUUACUGUAAAGAUAAUUGUUAAUUAACUAAUUAUAAAGAAUAUUAUUUAAUAAUUAAUUAAAUAAUGAUUUCUAUAAUAUGUUUUAAAAUAGGAUUAUUGUUAUAACCACCAUCAUUACAUAACAAUUGAUAUGCAACUGCAACUUGCAUUAUAUCUGUUUUAAUAACGGUACAAAAUAAAACUCAUAGUAUCAAUAUUGGCUAAUACUAAUAUCGGCUAUCAGUAUCAGCCCAGCCCUAUUAAUUUAUUUUAAAUUUGAUCUCUUUAUAAUAUAUUACAUUUUAAUUUUAAGUCAAAGCUACAAUUUUUUUUUUUUAUUCAGCUCAAAUAAUUUAGGAAAUAAUUUAAUUUAAUUAGUUAUUUCAUACUAUUUUAUAUAUUAUAAAAUAAUGCAUGUCAAGUAUUAUCAGUAUUUAAACAUUUUAAAUCAUUAGCAUCAUUGUCUCCAUUAUAUUGUACAAUAACUUCAUAACUCAAAUUAAUAAAUCAAUAAUAUAUUUAUUGAAAAUUAAUUUUUUCACCUUACUUAUUUGAUGUUUUUAUUAUUUUAUUUUCUCAUUUUUGUUAUUGUUUAUACCUUUGGAAAGAAAAUAAUUAUUUUCCUUACCUUAAAGUUUUUUUUCCUAUUUUUAAAUUAUUAUUUUCAAAUUUGUUAAUGAUUUUUCGUUUAUAAAAUAUACUGUUUUGUCAUACAUUUAGUGCCACUGAAAUUGUAUCUUUCAUAUUUUAAGCAUAAUUAAUCUAUGAGAACAGUUUGCAUUGUUAUUUUAUUAGCGCUUAAUAUUAUUAAAUUGAAUAUCGAAAUGUAUACAAGAAAAAUUUAUUAUGUUUAAUGGCUGUUUUAAUGUUUAUUUUUAAUGUUAUUGAACAAUUUAUGUUAUUAUGAAAGUAUGUAAUUAAAUUUUUUAGGUAAGUUAUUAAAAAUUGUGUUCAAGAAAUAUUUUGAAAUUAGUCUUCGUUAUUAUUAUUAUUUUUAUAAUUUAUUAGUCAAUUUUUUUAUUAUUAUUAUUGUAUGUACGUAUAUUUAAUUGAUUGCCUUUUGUAGCCAUUGUUGAGUAAUAAAAUUGC